UCACAAAGUUGUCAAACGUGUUAGCACAUUUGCUUUGAAUUAUACAUCUUUUUACUGUAUCUAUAGACUUUUUUGAGGUCAAUGGCUAAACCAUGUUGUGGCGAGAAAAGAACGAGUUAAUCCAUGGGGAACUAAAUAGAGCGUCGACUCCUCUGCAGUCUCUACCCCAGUAGUUCUAGCUAACAAACAUUAGCUGAUGAUAUGGAACUGCAAACGUUGAUACUGGGAGUAUUAUCGGGAUGCAUUGCGAUAGUCCUUUGUUUUGUUGUCCGACUUGUAGUUGUUCUACAGAAAGGUCCAGAAUGUAAACCUGGGAUGAAGGGAUCUGUAUGUGUGCUAGUCGUAGCGGGAUCUGGUGGCCAUACGACUGAGAUUCUGCGCUUGGUUGGAAGUUUGUCCGAAUCCUACAGGCCACGGCACUAUGUCAUAGCGGACACAGAUAAAAUGAGUGAGGACAAGAUCCACAGCGCUGAAAGCUCUCGAGGAGACACUCUGAAGCAUCCUCAGUACACCAUUCAUCGGAUCCCUCGCAGUCGUGAGGUGCGCCAGUCCUGGAGCUCGUCGGUGGUCAGCACCCUGAAUGCCCUGCUCUACUCCGUGCCUCUGGUCUUCCGUCUGCAGCCCGAUGUGGUGCUGUGUAAUGGGCCAGGAACGUGUGUGCCUCUGUGUGCGGGCGGCCUGAUGCUCGGGAUCCUGGGACUGAAGAGGGUGGCGCUGGUCUACGUCGAGAGCAUCUGCCGUGUGGAGACCCUCUCCCUUUCCGGAAAGAUCCUCUAUCACCUGGCGGACUACUUCUUUGUGCAGUGGGGCAGCCUGAAGGACAAAUAUCCUAAAGCAAUUUACAUGGGGAGGAUUGUGUAACCAUCCAUGAAUCCCGUGUCAACUGGACCAUACACAAGACUUUUUUAUUUUUAUAUAAAUCAUAAGUAUAUAUAUAAGUCAACACAAAUGUAGUGGGGCAAGUGGGGUUGAUAAUUUGGUGGUUAUGUCUGCAUUCUGUGUUAGAGUAUUUGUUUCGUUGAACCUUACCAUGAAUCUUGUCAUCUAACUCGUGGUCGGGUGCAACUAUUUGUGUGAAACUGGGAAAAUAUUACAUCAGGUUUUAGCUAUUUGGAAAAUGACAUCCGCUCAAGAACUGUAAACGGUGUCCAACUGUGUCAGCAGGCCUUUUGCCUCAUUCCUUCAUGCAGUAGCGAGGCGUAGGUGAAACUGCUUCUUGCCAGAAUCAAGGAGCCCUUGUUGUGCAGUCGCCAAGGCUUUCCUCUCCGGCUCUCUCUCUCUGACUCUCUCUGUCUCGAGUGUAACUGUGCAGCCAUGGAGUGACAGGCCGACGACCAAGGUGACGACAGACGGCCGCCUCGGCGCUCUCGAUGCCGUGACAGCUCCCCGCCGCUCGCCACGGAGAAGAAAAGGCAAGACUCUGCAGGACAGCUGUAGCUAACGCAGAUGGCAUCUGCAUAGGGAGACGUCGACCAGGAAACAUUUCUGAACAGAGCUGACAGGGCUGUAUUGUUCUGCCAUGACAGGCUGCAUUUGGUCUGAAUAGAAUUGGAAAAAAGAAUUGAUGAGGAACUGAUGUGUAUUUCUUUCAUCAUGAUGAUUAUUUUUUUUGUUGUUGUUUUUGAAGUUUGGUCUAAUAGCCCCUUUGAAUCCUGUGCCUUGGAAUGUGCAGAUUCGCAGCUUACUUGCAGAUGCAACCUCUUAGGUUGACUGCAAAUGUUCAUUGAAGUGCUACAUGCUGAGCAAAGUCAUAUGUUAUCAUGGAGGCAAAUCAGACACGCUGGGUGUGUUGGUUUUUAUUUAGAUCUUCAUGAGAAAUUAUUCAUGCAUUUCCAAACAUCAGUUGCAUUUCCUGGGAACUGUGUCGACUCAUGGGUGCAGUUCUCAGAGAUUAAAUCACCUCUGCUGUUUCAUUUCAAAAUCAGACAACUUUGAAUCAUUGGAAACCGGUCACACUUGCUUGUAGAAAACCCAACAGCUGAGGGGACAUUCUGACUGCCCGUGCUAAAAGUUGUGCUCUCUCAAGGUUCAAUUUGACAUCUUCUCAGGACAGGCUUCUAAAUGGGGCAGAUUUUCCAUUGUUUGGGAUUUCCUGUCCCUCGCCUGUGAUGGACCUCUUCAAGCAGAGUUUACCCAGAGAGGAAGUGAGCUGAAUAAUUGAGAUGUUUGGGUUUUACAACAGCAAUAAGA